AUGGCAUAUCGUUCUGACUUAGAGCAUUUGGAUGAAGAUGGAUACACUCAACUGGACUUCAAUUCCAGGAGACCUGUGGUCUCAGAGAAAGGAAAUCGUGCUACUUUUCCUUGGCGUCUCAUUGCUGUGAUUUUGGGCGUCUUGUGCUUGGUGAUCCUGGUGAUAGCUGUGGUCCUGGGUACCAAGACUAUUUGGAGAUCCAGUUCAGGGAACAACCCAUUGAAGAAUGACAACUUUCCAUCAAGAAAUAAAAAGAACUACAGUCAACCCACACAAUCAUCUCUAGAAGAGAUUGUGGCUCCUACCAAGGCUCUCAAUACCACAGGAGUUCUUUCUAGCCCUUGUCCCCCUAAUUGGAUCACACACGAGAAGAGCUGUUACCUAUUUAGCACAUCACUAGAUUCCUGGAAUAGUAGCAAAAGACGAUGCUCUCAGCUGGGCUCUAAUCUCCUGAAGAUAGACAGCUCGAAAGAAUUGGAAUUUAUAGGAAGGCAGGUGUCUUCCCAACCAGAUAAUUCAUUUUGGAUAGGGCUCUCUCACCCUCAGACUGAAGGACCAUGGCUCUGGGAAGAUGGAUCAAUAGUCUCUUCUAAGUUGUUUCAAAUCAGAAGCACAGCUACCCAGGAGAACUCGUCUCACAAUUGUGCAUGGAUUCACAUGUCAAUCAUUUUUGACCAGCUCUGUAAUGUGUCCUCCUACAGCAUUUGUGAGAAGAAGCUGUCAGUGUAA